AAUAGCAAUAGACGCAAGUCUUUUGAAGUGAAGGUUUAUCUAAAUAAAUGAUAGAAAUCCUAAUCAGAGUUGCUUAAACCAUCCUUCUGCCACAUUUGUGUAUUGACAUGGAGUAUGAUUUGAAUGCAAUAUUCAAAAUGGAGCAAUCCCAAACUCUACUUUAUAUAUUCUUGCCCUUCCUGCUUACAUGGACCUUGUGGAGGUUCUGGAAGUUCACUGUCACUCCACUACUACAUCCAGAUAGGCCGAGGGAGCUACCAUACUUGAUACCAAUUCUUGGUCAUGGUCCAGCUUUCUUCAAAAGUUCCGAUGCGUUGCUUUUCAGGGCUAGCAAGUACUUCGGUACGAAAGAGCCAUUCGCCGUAACGCUGUUCGGUAGCACGAUGUAUAUUGUUACUCACCCGCAACAUACGGUCCAGGUUUACAAGAAUGACAAAACACUAUCCUUCGACGAGUUUGCGCAGGACUUAGUACGAACCAACGGCUACAGCAAUGCUGCUGUCCGGGCCUCGUACGCAGACCAACCAAAGGACAAGGCCGGGUUCCCUAACCCUCUGGGCGUAUCCUUCGGAGCAUUUGUUCGGCAAAUGCACAUCCACCAGCUUUACCCCGGGGAGAACCUUGAAGUCAUAGAGAAACAGUUUAUAGAAUGGUAUGAGAAAAACUUAACUAUCCAGGCCCUCCAAAAAGCUUGUGAAGGAUACCUAAUCACUGGUGGGGAUGAAGAGAACAUCACGAUCCCACUGAUGCAUUGGAUCUCGAGCUAUACCACCAAUGCUGGUGGAUUUGCCUAUUUCGGAGAUACCCUGAGCUUUAUUAAUCCGGACCUUGCAAAGACCUUCAUCGAAUUUGAUGAUGUUAGCUGGCAGGUCCUAUACCGAUACCCAGCAUUCCUUAGCAGUAAGAUGAGAAGCACGCGAAUGGAGAUAAUGAAAGCGUUUAGGGAGUAUCUGCGUUUACCUCAGACUGAACGAACUGGCAGCGUCUGGUUACUCAACGCGAUGGAGGAUGAAGCUAGGGCUAUCGGGGUAGCUGACGAAGAUAUUGCAGUCUUAUAUUUUAACAUCUACUGGCUUAUCAAUACCAACACGCGCAAAAUCAACUUCUGGCUUCUCGCCUUUCUCCUAUGCCGUAACUCCUCUCUUAUCGACUGUAUUCGCUCAGAAACUGGCCCUGCAUUUCAGGGAGACAUUCUUGUCGACGUAGCUUUUCUUUAUAAUUCAUGCCCUACCCUUGAUAAUGUUUGGCACGAAUCUCUUCGCCUCUGUUCUAACGCGGCUUCGGUGCGCUUUAUCCGUGAUGAUACAAUUAUUGGCGGGAAACAUAUGCACCGGGGUAACCGCAUCAUGAUUCCGUAUCGCCUAUUACACUUUGACGAGAAUGUAUACGGAGCAGACGUGUAUAGUUUCCAUCCCGAACGCUUUGCUUCAGGAGAAGAGGCUAAGAAAGAUGAUCCGACACGCGGGCCGAGCUGGCGACCAUUUGGGGGCGGAAAGUCCCUGUGCACGGGACGUUACAUCGCCAAGAGGGCAACACUGAUAUUUGUAGCACUCGUAUUGAGAAGGUUCAAUAUUGAAAUUAUCGGUGAACCUAGGCUGCCAGAGGCGGACUUGGGCAGACCAGUAUUAGGGAUUUCGGGUUUGAAAGAGGGACAAGACUUUUUAGUCAAACUGACACCAAGAGAAUGACCGUUCUUAGGUGGGUGAUAAUUAGAUCCGACCUGAAAGUAUAAAAGCCUUUGUCACUUUGAAUAAAUAUUGUGACAGAAUAGUACUUAAUAAGGAGUGUGUGAUAAUCCCCGAGUUUACGAGGGAUAGUAUGUCAGAGCAAUUUCCACGAAAGAAUUAAUACACGUGUUUCAAAACCAUAUAUUAAAUGCAUCUUAGAAGUAGAUCUCUGGGAUGGCGGCGUAUCUUGAAUCAUAUUAGGAAACAUGUAUUUAUAUUUCCGUUACAAAAUCAAUAAACGGCGGGUGCUGGAGCUGUACUGACACCAAGC